CUAGCUCUCUCACAAACUGGACCGAUCAGUCCCAUUUCAAAUUGUAAAAUGAAAUUUCGGUUAUGAAAAUUCUCGACAAAAUUUAAACCAUAAAAGUGCAAAAAUGUCACAGUAUGGAUUUGUUGCUAUUCAUCUUGGAGCAGGCUGCCAUAGUUCAAAAUCUGAAGCUAUUUACAAAAAACUUUGCAAAAUAUCGUGUGAAAAGGGAGCAGCUUUAUUGCAAGAAGGAAAAUCUGCACUAGAUGUUGCGUGUGAAUUGGUUUGCAUAUUAGAAGAUUCACCACUAACUAAUGCAGGAUACGGCUCCAAUCUCACUGAGAGUGGUGAAGUUGAAUGUGAUGCAGGAAUCAUGUUGUCUUUAAAACAUCAAAGAAACACACGAUUUGGAGCAGUCUCAUCACUUAAAAGUAUUAAAAAUCCUAUAAUGGUAGCCAAAGAAAUCAUUUUAUACCAGAAUGAACCAAGACUUCUUGGUAGAACACCUCCACUUGUUCUAGUAGGAGAAGGAGCAUCUGAUUUUGCUAAAAACCGAGGUUUGAAUCUUGUUCACAAUAGCACUCUUAUAUCUGACAAAGCCAUGAGAAAGUAUAAGAAAUAUAAAGAACGGCUGGAAGUAUCCAGAAAAGCUUUAUCAAGUGGGCUAAAGAUCACAGUGCAGCCAAACCCAAGUCAAGAUACAGUAGGAGUAAUUUGCAUAGAUACGAAUGGUGACAUUGCAAGUGCAUCGAGUUCGGGAGGAAUUGCCAUGAAGCUUCCCGGCCGAGUUGGACAGGUGCCAGUUUACGGCUGUGGUUGUUGGGCGCAGCAUUCCAGCUCCGGUGGUGUUGCUGUGUCAACUUCUGGUUGUGGCGAGCAACUCAUCCAAACAACCUUGGCCAAGAAGCUUGGUCAAACCAUAUUAGAGCGAGGAGAUCCGGCUUUCCACUUGAAAGAGCUCAUGUGUGACGAGUUCAUCCAUUCAGAAAUGCUGUCUGAUGACGUCUAUGACCGGAUGGGUGGUGUUCUAGUGGCGUAUUAUAGCGAAGAUUCGAUAGAUUUCAACAUGGCCUUCACAACUGAUUCGAUGGUCGUCGGUUUCAUGAGCACUAACCAUGAAAAGGCUAUUGUUCGGGUGUCUCGAAACACGUCGCUUGCGACACCGACAAAUGCAAAUAACUCAUCACAUUCCAGUAGGUUGACUAUGGAAGGCUUUAUUGUGAAACUAAUAAAUUAAGGAGAACAACAAG